GCCUCUUUUGUGACCUUCUCUAAUUGCCGAACAGCGACUCUAGCUUCCGGCUUAAUUGGAUUCUCCAGCCAUUUGUUCCCGGCGUGGCGCGGGAAAUUCUCCUCAUCCCCAGAGCUUACCCGGACUUUAUUGAUAAUCCCAUUUGGCUGAUCCUGCUCUGGGAGAGUGCCAAUGCGGAGAAAAAACGGAGUGCCGCGAAGCAAAUCCCCUUGGCGUCUUUUUUUGCACACACAGAGGCCAACGCAAAGGGGGCUCUCAAUGUCUUAAUAUUGGUGAAUUCCUGUUUUCACGCUAAUUUUCUGCCGGAUAAAUUAUGAUCAAGCAUAGAAGAAAUACUAAUUGCCCGUGUUUUGAUUCCGAUUUGCUCACACUUGAUAACAUUUCAAUUUUUGAUGAUGGUUUUAUCAUCAAAAUCAAUUGAAUAUGUAUUUGAAUUUAAACAGAAAACACUGCAGGACAUAUCUUGCAGAUAUCCUGAGAUAUGUCAUAUGACACUGCUUAAGAUUCUUCACAGACAGUCCGGUGAAUCCGAUGAAUCGAAAAAAUAAACAGAGUUUGUCCAUUCUCUUAAAGAUCAUCAGUUCGUUGGCCUCAAAAACUGCCAUUUCUCCAUAAGCAAAGCCCAGCAGAUCCUUAUCCGUCUUUUCUUUUUGACUCAACAACACUUAAGCUAUGAUUUAUGAUGACAUGCCGUGGAUGUUCAAUGCACAAACUGCAAUUCACCCCUCAAUUUAAUUACUUUCUUGCACAAAACACGGUAAUUGAUUUAAUGACUCCAACAUUUCAUCCCAGUGAAGAAUGCAAAUUUCCCUCCCAACAUGCUAAUCAGCGUUAUGUUAGUCAAUUAUGCGAUUAAUUGUUACUCAAACCAGUGCUGAAAUUGAUUUCACUCCACUCUUCAGGGUUUUAUAAUGACGAAAUGGUUUUUAAAUUGGAAAUGGAUUAAAAAGAAAAACGCCAGAAACUUUCAAUAUAUAAAAAUAUAUGAUUUAAUUCACUCUAAACUGCCGGUCAGUCGGUGUGAGAGUGAAGCAGAAACUGGGUGUCACUCGAAGUGGCUGAUUUAUUGUCGCCUCAAGUGUGUAGAAUUCUGCAAUGAAUGGCCCCUCGACGUCCCCCGCGAAUUGGCACAUUGCACCACAUUGCACAGCGCCGAGCGAGUGUGUGGUUAUUAUUUUGAAGAAGCAUUCCCGUGCUGACUGUGUAAAAACUCUGGUGCAACGAAGGCCUGAGUGGGCCAGAAAAAAAGUAGGGAAAAGUUGUGGAAAAAGUGGUGAUAAGACGUCUGGUUUGGGCGCAGAGUGAAAAGGAGGAGUAUUGGAUUGCUUUAUGGGUUCACAUUUGAAAAUAAUCAUUCACUCAACACAUUUUCACCACCACACCAUCGCAAUGUUGUUGUGUUCUCACGAUGGCUUUUUUCCCAACGGUGCCGCAGUCAGUGCAAAAGGAAUAACACACAUUUAUUAAUAGAUCCCCAUAGAGUUUGUGAGUUUUAAAAUUGGAAAUUUUUGGUAUUCAAAACGGGACACUGCGAGCCUCAGUUGUGCGCUGAACUCGAGGCCGAUUGGGUGGCCGUUAAAUAUCUGUCCGCCGCCAAAAUUGCCAUUUAGCAAUCCAGAAACUGUGUGCACCUUGUUGCGGAAAAACAGAUCCCCAGUGGAGCAAAUUGAGUGUUCAAUUCGCUGGACAAAAAGUGCUCUAAUCUCUGCCUCUUUUGGUUUUUUUUUGGUUUUGUGCCGCGCUUAAUCGCGCCCAGUUUUUGUGUGUUCCUCGCGCGCGGGAUCAAUUUGCUGCAGACAAAGUGAACAACAAAUUGUGAUCCACUUGUUCAUCAUCGCGAGAGGUCAAUUUUCGCCUCAUUUGCUCGCCUUUGAGCGCAAUGUGUGGCCAGAGAAAAAUCUAUAAUUAAUCCCCCCAACGCGAAGAGUGCGCGCGCGAUGAGGAGGUGAACAGUGGCCAGAAGAGUGUCCGUUAAGUGGAUUGACUCUCCAGAAGUUCAGCGAUCGCCCGAUGAGAUGAACAAGUUGCGUGAAUUUCGCGCCAAAUCACCUCAGCCCAACCGCCUGGGCGGCAGCAUUCUCAACACAAUCUCGCGCAGUUACUCCAACGUUAGUCACAAGUUCCUCAGGCGCAGUCCCGGCCGCCGUGGCGGAACUCAUCAUCGUGCCAUCUCGUCGGGGAGCUACGAUCUCACCGGUGCCACGGCGGAGCAGCGCCUGGAGAUCGGGCAUCCCAUCCUGAUCAACAAGACUGCCCUCGAUGUCGACACCAUCGAUCUGCGCAAGCCCGAGAACUCGAUGGCAAUUGAGAUGGAGACAGACAGCUCCUCUGAAGUUUCCUGCGCCCAUCUGCAGGACAUCACGUUUUCCUUCCUGCCAGAGGAUCACGAGGGCGAACUGGCGGAAGCCGCAGAGUACGAAAUCCCACCGAAUCCCAAGAGAAUCUCACCGCCAAAGAGCACCAUCGUCAAGUCCAAAUCCUCGACGAAUCUGCACAAGUCCGAGCUCACGGUUUACCUCAGGAGAUGCUCAUCGGUGCGUCUGAUCAAGCAUCAAGUGUCCACCAUUGAAAUCCCCCAGGAAAGUCUCAAUAAUCACGUGCCCGGGAGGAAAUCUCUGCCGCCAGACAUUCCUCCGCCACCGCCGCCACUCAUUGAACGCCCUGAGCAUCAGUACGAAGUGGCGGGAAGUCAUCUGCGCCGCGCGAGCUACUCCAAAGCGGUGAAGGAGCAGAGCGAUAGCCAAAGUGGUGAGGAGAGCGCCAAAGAAGCGUCGGGCAAUUUCAAGAUCAACCUCAAGAUGCCACACUUCAAUCGGGCCAAGGCGAAGAACGCCUGGAGUGGCUUCCGCCACUGGCUGGAGGACGAAGUGGUGGUCAGAGUGCGUCCGCAGGAGGACGCCAAGGAGGACACGAGCGGCGGCAGUCUGGAGGAGCCUUCGCACGAGCCAGACGGUCACGAGGGUCAAAGUGGAUUUGAAGAACUUCGACGCUUCGUGAAGCAAGGCGAUGACUUCAGCAAGGAAAUGCUGGCAAUUCUCCAGGAAAGGGCCGAGGCGGAGCUCAGCUAUGCAAAGUCCCUCACGAAGAUGGCCAUCAAGCUGAACAAGGCGUGCCGCGAGGUUCCGGCCAGCGGCUCGUGGCGCACCGUGGCCGCCGAGAUGGAGAGUCGCAGCGAGAUUCACAGGCAGUUCUCGGGCACGAUGUCCGAGGAGAUCGUGAAGCCGCUGAAGGUGAUCAUGGAGAAUCAGUACAAGGCGCGCAAGGCCGUGGAGAGCACAGUGGACAAGUCCGCGCGCAUCCUGGGCGACUUUCGUGCCAGCGAGAACAAGGCCAAGAUCAAGUGCGCCAGCGCCGCCAAGAAGAACGAGAAGCUCCAGGACACGGGCCUGGACGUGAGAAUACAGAGAAGUCCUUCCUUGGGCAUUCUCCACCACGGGAACGGCCUUCCGCUGCCCACGAGGAAUCCAGAGAAGGAGGAGCGCCUCACGGAGAAGGAGAAAACGAAGCUGGAGACCAAGCGUCGCAAGGCGGAGGAGGCGGUCAAGAGGGCCGACAUGGAAUACUACACACUCUGCGUGCGCGCAGAGAGGGCGCGCGUGGAGUACGAGAAGGCCGUGGGCAGAGGCUCGACAGUCCUGCAGACGCUGGACACGCAGCGGAGGCUCAACAUGCGCACGUACAUCGAGAGCUUCCUCAAGCUCAUCCCCUUCGCCGCGGAGUUCAGUCUGGAGUCUGACAGCGCGAGUGCAGAGGAAGCGCCCGUGCUGGACAUCAAGAACGACGCCCUGAUCAAGCACUUCAUCCGCCCAGGACUGAAUCGCAGCAAGAGCGUCGUGGAGUACGGAAGCCGCUCGGAGACGCUGCCCAGCUCGGGAAUCUCCAUCAAUGGCCAGGCGAACGGAUCGAUCGCGGGCAGAGGAAGUCCGAUCUGGGACAGAGGCAUCGCGGAUGGUGGCUCGAAUCAGCACGAUUCGGACUUCGAUGAGUUCUCGUCGCACGACGAGGACGAGGACUGCGCGAGGAAGAGCGACAAGGCGGCGCCGCAGAGCAAGAUCAUUGGGAGGUGCAAGGCGAUCUACAACUACGCGCCGCAACUCUCGGAUGAGCUAGAACUGAAUCCAGGUGAUAUUAUUGAGAUACACGUGAAACAGGAGGAUGGAUGGUGGCUUGGAGCACUGCGAGAUCGCGUUGGAAUCUUUCCGGCCACGUAUGUUGAGGAGAUGUCUUAACAUUUUGCAAUAACAACCGAAAAGAUUGAGAAGCAAUCGCGGAUUUAACAUGGAAAAGUGUUAUUUAUAUUUACAAUUUAGCUAUUAACUUGAGAAAUACACAAUAUUGACUCUA